CCCUCCGACGGCGAGGGGAAGCCUUUCUCUCCACCUCCUCACCUCAACCCCACGCACGCUCGCCCAGCAUGCCUCGGUCCCGCUCCUCCAGCUCUUCCUCCUCCUCUUCUUCCAGCAGCUCGUCGUCCUCGUCGAGCUCCUCCUCUCGCCCCGCCGCCGCCGCGCCCGCCGCGACGGUGCCUGCCGCCGCGCAGCCGCAGCGCAAUGCGCCGAUGCCGUACAAGCCCGAGCCAGGCUAUGGUGCCGCAGCGCUCGCCGAGAUGCCGGUGCUGUCGGGCGGGCAGGAGUUGUGGGCGGUGCGCGUGCCCGAUGGCGUCCGCCCGAGAGAUCUUGAUGGCCUCGUCCUCUCCUUGCCAAAAGGAGCGCAUGGCUCAGACCUCGCAAGGCUGCCGCUGAACGGCACCACGUAUGCGCUCCGCUCGCUGGCGCCUCAAGCGCCCGACAGCGCGGCACUGGCCGGCGGCGCGCCGGGCGUGGGCGCCGGCAAGAGCAACGAACAGACGACGCAGCUCAUUGCCAUGGCUGCGGGAGCCGGAAAGGCACGACAGGAAGAUGCGAGUGCCGACGGACCGGUGGAGAUGAGAGGCUUUACGGUCUUGGUGCCCAGUCAGGGAAAGCUCAAGGCCACGAAGCAGCCCGUCAAGCAGCACCUGCACUUGGUGGCAUUGCCGCCCAAGCUCAAGGCCGAGCCUUCGCCGGCGGCACGCAAGCUGCCGCCGCUGCCGCCGAUGCCUCCCAUGCCCAUUGCGGCCGGCACGAAGCGGCGGCAGCCGGAGCACAAGCUCGGUGGCUUCUUCCAGCCAGCAGGCUCCAACUCCACCCCGUCAGACGGUCCGCCGGCACACAAGAAGGCCAAGACGACGGCUGCACCUGCUGCCGCGAGUACUUCGCCGGCAAAGCAGCAGGAGAAGCUCGACAAGAAGGUCGAAAAGGAGGCCAGGAAGCUGCAGAAGGCCGAGGCGAAGAAGAUGAAGAAGGAGCGCGCGUAGCAGACGCCUGCGCUUGCGAUGCUGAAUGAGGAUCGCUGUCACUUGUGUUCUCGCUGCGAGGCAGUGUCGUCUGUGCUGUCAGUGCUGGUGCUUGCCUCUUGCUCUCGCGGUCACAGCACGUCGCACCGGCCCGGGCCUCGCCACGUUUAGGACGAGAGGCAGCGCUUCAACGCGAGCGUGUCUCCUUGACCAAGCCGCGACGCCUCGAGCUCAUCGUGCUUGAGCAGGUCC